AUGAAAAUAAAUAGAAGACAAACAAGUAAAGAAGUUCAAUAUCAAAAUUAUUUAAAAAGCCAGCCUGAAGGCGAUCCACUGUAUUUACCUUACUCAAAAAUUGAGCAUAAGUCUAAUCUACCUCGUUGCCAUCCUGAUCAUAUUCGAAUGAUUCGAAUAAUUCCAGACAAAGGCUAUAUCCACGAUCCAUCUAAUUUUAUGCUUCCGAUCCCUAAAAAGGAGUUUGCAAAAAAGUAUGAGUCCAAUGAACGUGUUCAAGGAGUUUGUUGCAAAAUUAGCAACCUGCUAAAAGCUUCAAGAAAAAUUACUGGUAUUGAAAAUCUUAAUUAUUCUCUCUAAAAUAACUAUAUAUUUUCUUAAUUUUCAUUAUUUUUUAUAAAAUUAAUAUUGAAAAUAGUAUAUAUUUAUUUGAUAACUGGAAAACGAAUAAAAUCAUUUGCCCAAGUCCCUGACUAUGUGACUGACCUUGUAGUUUCAGAAUCUGAAAAUUUAGAAGGUGUCGGAUGUGGGCUGUUUUUAACUUCAAUGCCAGCUAUGAUGAGAAAAUCAAGCAAAAGCACUGCAGUUUCAACUUCAACUAACUUCCCCACACAAAAGCUCAGCGAAAAGCCAAGCAUGAAAUUAGACAAAUAUAUAGCAGAUAAGCACAAAUACGAAAGUAUUGAAUCUCUAAUCAGAGAUUACCCAAUACCAAUCCUUUCAAGACUGCUUAAAGGUGACAAGCUCUCCAUGCCCAGCGAUAAAUCAAAAAUUGAAGCCAUUGAAGAAAGAAACCAAAAAUAUUCUGCAAAGUUCAUGGAAACCUGCAGAAAAGUUGAAGUAGAAGAUACAAACUUUGAGCUGAUGCCACUUAAUGAGUAUAAAAGGUCUAAAAGUGUUUCGCCUAUAAAAAAGUCAAACCCUAUCGUUUCGGAAAAUAUUGAUGAAAUAAAUUUCAGCAGCGGGUCAGACGAAAUAGAAGAGGAAAAAAAGAAUUUUAGUCACAAAUUAAAUCAGAUUCAAUUAAAAUCUCAAACAAGUCGCCAAAGAAGACAAAGCAGGCUUAGUGGGCCUCCUGAAGCGGUAGAAAAUUUUUUGAGAAGAUAUGGGCUUAAUAUAAGAGAUUAUCAAAAAAUUUCUAAUGAAUAUAAAAUCCUGGUAAUGGUUUCUUCGAGCGAAAAGAAAGGAUUUUCAAUGAAGGAAGAUACGUAUUGGAAAAAUGGCGAAAAUGAGCAGCAUACAAUUGCUGUUAGUUAUUUGCUUGCUUCUUAUGAUUUUUUUCAAAAAAUGCCUCAGAUUAUGCAGCAAAUUUUAUUUGAAUAUUUUGGCAUUGAAAAGACCAUUGAUUUUCAGACCUGGAUUUGUAUCGCAUCAAAUCUAAUUUACAAGUGCUCUAAAAAGCCAGCAAAAAUUGAUUUUAUAUGUGAUUUUUUGCCUGGAAAAUAUAAAAGAAUUCAUGCUUUAUUCCAGCAAGUUUUAAAAAAGAACGUAGAUGCAUUAAAAGACUUCAAAAAUUAUGAGUGUUUUGAUCUAAAAUUUAACUUGAAAAGAGAAAGACUUAAGGAAGUGUUCAAAGAUGGACUUAUUCAAGUAAAUGAAAUUAUUGAUAUAUUAACAUCAUUUUUAAAUAAAAAGUAA